CCUUCAACGUCAUUGUUUUCUCCGAUAUGUUCUCAUUCAAAAUUUUAUUACAUUAAAUAAUGUGAAUUGUUUUGCUAUUAUUUAGAUGAUUCAACGCGGUCUGAUUCAAGCAAGCUUUGGAAGGACUACUGGGUCGUCUGUAAAUGGUCACUUGCUGGUGGCUUUUCCAUUUGUCUUGCCAAUUCUGAUCUGGGUCAUCUUGUCCUGGCCAGGACUUGUAGAUUUGGAAAGUUUCGAUGAGGGAUUGAUAGAUGGUCAAUUUGGAAUAACUGUGCCUGGGCCUUCUGGGAGGUUGGGGAAAUAAUUACACAAUUUUGUGUUGUUUGAGAGGCAUUUUGGUCCAAUUUGUCAUCUUUGCAUUACUGAUAUUGAACUGGUGGACAGAGUUUUAAUGGUAGUCUUCUGCAAUACUAAUUGGGGCAUGGUUUAAUUGUCUGAAGGUUCUAAAGAUUGGACAUUGGGGGUUUUUUCAUUGGAUUAUUCAUUGUUCAUAUUUUCGUGGGGCUAGCAUAGUUGUAUAGAAUCAUGAACCUGGCUCAGGUAGAACAUAUGAUUGAUGGAGAUGGGGAGGAAUUGGACAGAUUAACCUCUGCGCACGCACCUCUCUUUCCGGGUAUGUUGAGACAGGAAGCUUAUAUUUUUGAUGGGAAUGGGAACUACUAUCACAAAGAGUGGGAUCUUGCAGAAGGUGCAGGCAUUGAGUUUUGUUGGUAUCAUGCCGAACUUCCAAGAACUAAUCAGAAUCUCUCACAAUUUGCUGAAUAUCUCAUUGAUGUUCUUUGCCCACCUCUGAGACUCCAGGACAUUCUCUCUCUUGUGAGCAAUGGACCUUUUUGCUCAUAUGUUGAUGGAGCACUUAUAUUUAGAGUUAAUUCACCUGGUCCUCCGACAAGUAAAUUUACGUUUAAAUUAGCAGCUAGAGUUACAGAGAACUCAGUAAUUACCGUGUCUCUGGGUCGUGUUCCUAGAUUAGGAUUCUCGUCUUCAGUUCAAUCUACUAUUCUAACUGAUAUUCCUAGUGUGGCGAGACCAAAUGGUAGAGGUGAGCAGAAAGAAGGAAGUGGGUUUGUGAUAAGGGAGCAUGAACUUGAGUUCCUACUGACAAUGAACCACUCAGUAGAAGCUGAUAAUCCAGUCCCAAAAUCUAUUUCAAAUCUCGUCGUUCACAUUAUAGACACACACGUGGAUCACCUGCAAGAUGUUGUUACCAAGCUUGAGAUAGAAUUGGACUCUUUGGAGCUUGACUUGGACAAAGGUGGUUUUGCUUUGAAGAAACAAAUGCUCAAUGAAAGAAGAUUCCCCAAGAUGCAUCUUAAUCUGCAGCGCCUCCUGCAGGUGAUUGCGCACGGAGAGCAAGUAUUUCCUCGAGUUAAAGAAAAAUUUUCUUCGAAGCAGUGGUUUUCAAUCAAAGAAAUUAACUCCCUAGAAGAGUUAAUCGGACGUUUGAGGAGACUAAAGGAGAGUGUGGGAUUCAUAGCCAAUCGUGUCACGGCUAUUCAGGCCGGUCUAGACAGCUGGCAGUCAGAGCAAAUAAACAAGAAACUAUAUUAUCUCUCAUUCCUAUCACUAAUAUUUCUUCCUUUGUCUAUCAUUACUGGAGUGUUCGGCAUGAAUGUGGGAGGAGUUCCAUGGACAGCGCAAAAAAACCCCGUGCUAAAAGAUGGUUUCCGCAAUGUACUAUUUAUCUGUGCGGCAGUGCUGCUUCUUUUGCUUCUGGGCUUCGCCUUCCCAACUAUUUAUGCCCAAGCAUCUGCUUGGCAAAGGAGGAGGGCAUUGAAAAAAAGCUGGUCUAUUGACAGGAAAUCAUUCCUCAAGAAAACUUAUGGGGUUUCAGAAAGAGAGGGUUACCUUCGGCUUUGAGAGAGUGCCAAUGCAGCACAUAUCCCUUUUGAAGGCCUACGUUGUUUCCUUCCAUGGACCUCUAGUUAUCCCCUUCUUUCAGCUGGUUUAGAACAGAGGAUGCCUUCUAUGCGGGUAAGUCGACAAUGUAUACAAUCACCAACAUUAUUAUCGUCUGCACAGGACCCUUAAAACUUGUUUCUCUGGAUGUAAACUUUGCCGUUCUCCCUCAUUUCUCUCGCUGCUUCCCUGAGAAAUGGAGAACAUACUUUAUGAUAUUGUCAUUCUGUCUCAUCUUCUUCUCUUAUAAUUCCUAUAUUUUUCUCACCGUAUGAAUCACAAUGGUGGAUUGACUGUUUAUGUUUGUAAAGCUAAAGCGGGGUUUGGUUUGGAUUUUGACAUUAUUUUGUACGUUUACAUGGAAAAAAAGUUGUUGGAGUAGUUGAACUAGUGUAGGGUGCGAAUGAUGAAUUUUCUGUUGCAUUUAUGAGUUCGGUUGUAUUUUUUUU